AUGGCCUCCGUGGCUGAUCAAACGCCGGCCUCCACCGGCCCGCAAGAAAAGGCUGCCCCCGCGACGUCGUCGGGCCCCCUCAAGACGCCCAUCGCCUCGCCGGCCGCCGCCACUUCCAUCCCAGCCGUCCCGCCCCUGAGCCCGGACCAGCAGUCCAAGUACGACGGCCUCCUCUCCCACGCCCGCGCCUGGACGGAGGUCAAGUGCGCCGCACCCGCCCACGCCGAUAAGUCGGGCCCCCUUACCGACUCGGACCGCCAGUGGCUCACGCGCGAGUGCCUGCUCCGCUACCUCCGCGCCACCAAGUGGGUUCCCAAGGACGCCGAGAAGCGCCUCCUCGAGACCCUCGCCUGGCGCCGCGAGUACGGCGUCGAGGGCCUCACCCCCGACCACAUCUCGCCCGAGAACGAGACGGGCAAGCAGAUCAUCCUCGGCUUCGACAAGGAGCGCCGCCCGUGCCACUACCUCAGCCCGGGCCGCCAGAACACGGAUCCCUCGCCGCGCCAGGUCCAGCACCUCGUCUUCAUGGUCGAGCGC